GGUCAGACGCAAGUUGCACUUCAACAUAGCGAUUCCUGGAAGAUUCUAGUCUUCCAGCAGCGCUAUAGGAACAAACAAAAAACCUAUUUAUUUCCAUAACUAUCUCUCAUUCACACCUGUGCAAAACCACCUAUCAAAAUGAAAUCCAUGAUUGUAGCAGUAUGCUUAGCUCUCGCGUGCGGUGCUCACGGCAGCGGUUGGCAAGGUCCUCCUGCCAACAUUGCUUUGUCGCAAGACGGCCGCAACAUCCUCGACACACCUGAGGUAGCGCAAGCACGUGCUGCCCACCUUUCUGCACUACAGCGGGCCGCUCAGAACAAUCCUAAUCCCCAAGAUGACGGCUCCUACAACCCCGCUUGGGACAACGAGGAGUACUGGCAGCGCGCUGAACAGCAGAACAAGUGGAACGCCCCUGCUCAACAAUGGAACGGUGCUCCUGCCCAGCAAUGGAACGCUGCCCCUGCUCAGCAAUGGAACGCCGCUCCCGCUCAGCAGUGGAACGCUGCUCCCGCAUGGAACGCCGCCGGUGCUGCCCCUGCCCCCGUCGCUGAAACACCUGAGGUGGCUCAGGCUCGUGCCGCUCACCUGGCAGCCCUAAGCGCCGCUAAGUCCGCUGCUCCCGCGCAACAGCAAUGGAACGCUGCUCCAGCUCACAACCAGUGGAACUCCGCUCCCGCUCAACAGUGGAAUGCCGCCCCCGCUCAACAGUGGAACGCUGCCCCCGCUCAGCAAUGGCAGGGUGCUCCUUCCUGGCAGGGUAACCCUCAGGUCGCCAACAUUCAGCUGGCUCGUGACGGCUCCGGCAUCCUGGAUACCCCUGAGGUAGCGGCGGCGCGCGCUGCACAUUUGGCCGCUCACCAACAAGCCGGUCACGGCGCGGCCCCCGCACACAACCAGCAGCAGUGGUGAACUUCUCCUUUCUUCUUCUCCUCUUCCCCGCUGCUUCGACGUACCACUAGCCCGUGGCAUGAGAUCUCAGUGAUCAUUUUCUAGUUUCGCUAGUCGUCGUUCGACGCAGUUUCUACAUUUCCUUCGAUCUCUU